AUGUCAAAUGUACCUCAGUCUUUCGCUAACAUCACUGCUGAACUGCAGUACCAGGACUUCCUGAGGAUAAUGAUUGUUUCCACAUUAACUACAUUUCCAUGCUGUGUGUUUCUCUUCAUUAAUGGGACCAUGUUGUUCACACUGAGGAGCAAACUGGUGUUUCGAGAGACCUGCCGUUAUAUUCUUCUAUAUAACCUCCUUUUUGCAGACACUCUACACCUAGCACAGAGUCAACUUCAGUAUCUGUUGUUUGUUUGUAGAAUUAAAUUGUCGUAUCCUUUAUGUGGAUUUCUUGGUUUGCUGGUCAAUCUCACAGGUGGAAUUGCUCCUCUCACACUAGUGAUGAUGUCACUGGAGAGAUAUGUUGCUGUGUGCUAUCCACUGAGGCAUGCUACUAUCGUCACCAUCAAAAAUACAGAGGCAGCUGUGAUUGGGAUUUGGGCCAUCAGUUCACUGAACAAUCUCACUCGACUUUUAUUAUUUUUAGAAAUUUUCAUUCAAAAAGUGGAUAUUCUGCUCAUGAAAGAUGUCUGUUCUAACAUAGCUAUAUUACUUGGUUCAAAGUCUGAUCAAUAUGACACAGCUUUUACUUGUAUUCUGUUUUUAUCAGCUGGUGUGGCAGUCAUUUCCAGUUAUAUUGGUGUUAUAGCAGCAGCCAGGUCAGCCUCCACAGAUAAAACUUUAGCCGGUAAAGCUCGUAACACACUGCUGCUGAAUCUAACCCAGCUGUGCCUCAAUCUCUCCUCUGCCAUGUACUUCCCAUUGAUUAUUGCUCUGUCAAGAACUGUAACAAGAACUGUACUUUUGUGGGUCCAGAGUAUUUUUUAUGUCUGUUUUAUUAUCUUACCCAGAUGCCUAAGUUCUCUCAUCUAUGGGUUAAGAGAUGAGACCAUCAGACCUGUCCUCAUGUUCUAUCUGUUGGGUAGAGCAAAUCCUUCGAUUAAACAGGCCAGAAACUUAGAAUAA